GGCGCUGUUCCUGCGGGUUUGUUGUGAUUCCUCUGUCUUUGUCAGCAGUGGUCGAAACUAUGGAGGGAGACAUGGAUGUGUCCCAAACAGCAUACUGCACUGUGUUAGACAAAAAGAAGCAGUCUAAAUUCCUCUGCUAUACACGCAGGAAAAACGGGAUAUUCAAUAUUUGUUUGACAGAUGCUGCAGAUGUUUGGAUCACAGAGUACACCGAGGACGCAUUGAACCAGUUUAGACAGAGGUUUGCCUUGAAAUCUAUGGAGGAUUAUAUCCUGAAACUCAGGUCGGCUUGUGGUAGUGGGGACGUGUCGGUUGAGGUGUGUGACACCAGUGCAGAGCUCCGUGUGAGCUCCAGUCCAGGUGACCUGAGUGUGACCCUGUCCAGGCUGGAGGGCCCACAGGCCACACAGGAACUGAAGGAGCUGCUGUUUAGGAUGGCUGACAGCCUCACUCAGCCUGACAGAAAAUGUGAAUCCCCCUCUGUCAGUCCAGUAAAAAAUCACCAAAGGCAGUUUGCAGAGUUUGAGCCUCAGCAGCAGCAGAAUUGUGCUUCAUCAUUGAUGACGAAGAAACGACUUCCAGGGGCCUCUCUCAUCAACCCAGGAACUAAAAAGAAGAGGCAGGCGACCGGCGUGGCCUUUGAUGAAGUAGAUGAAGACUGAUCCUUCAGACAACACCAACACUUUUUCUCCUCCAUGUUAUCAUGUUGCUGCUGCACAACCAAACAUGAAUGUUCUUUUAAUCUACUAACACAGCAUUAUGAAGUUAAUGUAUACUUUUUAAAAUCAUAGAAUGUGUAAAUAUUUGUUUUUAUGUCAUACAAUAUCAGUGAAAACUGGACAAUGAUAUUUAAUAGUAUUUUAAUGUCUGUAGCUUUUAUGAUUCUAGGUUGAAUUUAAUUUGGAAAUGAAAUAAAGAAUGAGUUGCAACAAA